AUAUAUAUAUAUAUCUUUUAUUAUUACAAUAAAUUAUUUUUAAUAUCAUGGAACAACAAAUUAAAGAGGUUAGCAAAGGCUAAACUGCAAGAUAUCCUCGCUCACCGCAUUAUGACAGCUUAUGGACUUUCUCCACCAACCCUCAAUGGAGGUGCGAUCCAUUGCUCUUGAGCACAUCCUCUCCUUCACACCAAAGACCUCCCAAUACCAGCCUUUGUUGAUUGAGAACAGAAAGACACUUUGCACUGACCUUAAGAACUUGUGCCGUCAGGAUCCUAUGAUUGCCCACGAAGCAAUGAAGGGUUUGAUCAACCUUUCUGGUGACCCUCGUAUCCAGCAUGAACUUGAUGAUGAAGCUUUCUUGAAGCAUAUUACUCUCUUGAUCACUAUCUCAAAGUCCGUAUUGGCAGAUCCUGCUUGCAUGCUUUUGUCCAACAUGACAAAGUCCGAGAGCAUUUGUGUCAAGUUGUUGGAAAUGAAGACCAACCCUCUUCCCGAAUUGUGUGAGUCUGACAAAGUAAUGGAUCAAUUGGUAGAGGCUUUCCACCGUGGCCACAAGAAAGCCUACAAUCCCCAAGCAGAGUAUCACUUUUUGGCCAGUGUGUUUUCCAACGUUUCAGGCAUCCGUCUUGGUCGUGUCUAUUUCUUGGAGCCAUCCAAGUACGACGGUCUUGCUCCUUUGACAAAGUUGCAGAUUUUUACAGAGGAUAAGAAUAUCAUCCGUCGUGGUGGUGUUGAUUCUACAGUCAAGAAUGUCUGCUUUGAGACUCGCCAGCACGAAGCUAUUUUGGAUGCUGACAAGCUCAACACCUUGCCUUUCAUUCUCCUUCCCUUGUGCGGUAAUGAGGAAUAUGACAUGGAAGAGUUUGAGCAAUUCCCUGAAGAGAUCCAGCUCUUAGAUGAUGAUAAGACACGCGAGUCUGACAAAGUACUUCGUGGUAUUUUGUGUGAUGCGCUUUUGCUGCUCACUACUACUCGUUUCGGUCGUGACUACCUCCGCAACAAACAGGUUUACCGUGUCAUCCAACGUCUUCAUGCCCAGGAAGAAGAUGAGGAAAUCAAGGACAAGUGUGAUGCCAUUGCUGAUAUGUUGAUCCGUGAUGAAAAUGGUGCUGAAAUCACACCCAUUGACGAAGAAAAAGAAGAUGAUGAUAUGGUGAUUGAAGAGAUUGCAUAA